CAGUGAGUACUAAUAAAAUCACAUCUCAGAAACUCCGAGGACGAUCGAAGAAGAAUGGAGGAGACGCGAAAUAAGGUGCUCAUCACCUCAUCAUGUUUUCUUAUUCUUGUUUCAGUUUCCAGUAAUUCUGUUCAUGCCUACAAGAACCACACAGUGGGCGACUCCUUGGGUUGGUACGACAACCUCCAAAAGCCUGAUCUUAAUUACCAGAACUGGGCUGCAGCCAACAACUUCAGCUUGGGAGAUUUUCUCAUUUUCAAUACUGAUACGAACCACUCGGUCGUCCAAACCUAUAGCAUGACAACGUACAAGCUGUGCGAUUAUGACGACGCCGAGGAGAAGGAUAUAAUUCAAUGGUCGGAAGCGAACCCGUCAAACACCGCCACACACGAUGUGUCGGUCGCAGUUCCUUUGUUAAAAGAGGGCAUCACAUAUUUCUUUUCCGGUGAUUAUGAUGGCGAACAGUGCCAGAAUGGGCAGCACUUCAAGAUAAAUGUUACUCAUGGACAUGGCUUGCCAAAGAGUUUAGACGAUUCCCCGGCGGGACCAGCAAGCAGUCCACAGUCAAGCAGUGGAGACGAUGAAUCAAUCCCGGACACAAUCGUCCCUAAUUCCAACUUCAAUGACCCCAAACAAGAAGAUGACAAUGAUGAUAAACAGCCAUCUGGAUCCGUUUCAUUUUCAGUUCCUCAUGUACAAGGCAAUCUGAUUGUCGUUUUGCUAGGUCUUGUCUACUUGUUGUACUCAUGAUUUUUUUACUCUUCUUUCCAUUUUCGUCUUCCUUAUUCUGCUGCU